CUACCCUGUCCCUCUGCAAGACUCGUCCGCCGUGCGAGAUGGAGACGCGUGAGCAGAACCGACCUCGUGUACCGAGCGACGCGAUGGAAAUGGACGAGACCUCUCCAAGGGCACGGAUCCAGGAGGAGGGCCCUGAUGGCCGAGGCUUCUCCCCUCGAAAGGGUUCGAUACCCAUGCGUUGGGGAGCAACCAUCAUGCCGAUUAGAUCUGCCCCCGAUGGAAGUUUGGAAGUUUUGUGCGCACAGAACACAGUGGUGAACUACUUGAAGUCUGAGCCCGGACGUCGAGUGCUGGUUGACUUCCCUGGGGAGUUCCGGCUACUGGGAGCCCUGUGGAAGCCCGCGGUGGAUGUGACCCCGCUGGAUACCGCCAUCCGAGGACUCACAAGUGCGGGACUGAAAAAGGCGCAGCGCUACAUUCGAUCCUAUGUGGCUGAACGAGAGGAACUGGGCUUCGCGGCUCUGCGGGCCAUGCUCUUUGACGUGACUUUGCAGGCCAACGGCACCCACAAGACCUACCAUUUCGUGUGCAGCAUGAGCCGCAGGGCCUCUGACCGCUUUGUGAACCUGUUGAACCAGUUCCUGGAAAGUCAACAAGCUUGCUGUGAAGCGAAAGGUGACAAGCUCUUUGAGAUCCCGGAGGCUUUGAGGGCACAGCUUUGCCCAAUGUUUCACAAGGUGGCUUGGUGGCGCAUAGACGAGCUGUUGGAGCAGUCACAGAAAGACUUUGUCAGCGACUACCAGCGAGAGCAACUUCUUGCAACUGGCACCUCAAGGGCGAUGGAGAAUGCGCACCUGGACAUGUUGCGGCGCUUGCAGAAGUUCACAGCUGAUCAAGUCUUCCAGCAAUGCACAGUGAGAGAGGAUACACUGCUUUGUGUGCCCCGAGAGAAGUGGAGUGAGGUGAACUGUGGGGAGCUGGAACCUCUAAUCGCAGGCUUCCGGAAUCUGAGUGUGCUAUCCUUCAACAUGAACAUCUUACCCUUUGGUGUGGCAUCCAUCCGCGGUCAUGAGAGUUUGCACAGCAGUGCCCGGCUGCAAACAUUCCUCCAGAAGAUCAGACAAGAGUUGGAAGCAGAAGCGUCAAAUUCCAAGGCUGAUGGUGCCCGUGCACCGGACAUCAUCGCAGUCCAGGAGCUCUUUGCCUCACCAUUCGUGCCUUUCUGCUGUGCACAGUCCUUUGCCGUGCGCGUCAUGGCAUCGUUGGGUUAUCACGCCAUCAUUGGGCCGAAGCCCACGAUCCUGGAUCUCGUCCGGAAAGGCAAAUGGACCGACAGCGGUCUGGUGAUCUUCAGUCGCUUGCCGGUGGCUGAGACUCGCUCCAUUCGUUUUGGAGCUGGGGCUGCACUGGAUGCCGGGGCGUGCAAAGGUGCCAUGUGGGCCAGGUUUGAGCUGGCCUCUGAACGGUAUUUGGAUGUCUUCAACUGCCACUUGCAAGCAUCGCACACUGGAGCUGAUGGCGAGGUCUUUGAACGCAUUCGAAGAUCACAGCUAAAGGAACUGCGUGAGUUCGUCGAGCUGGCGGGAACCCAACAUCCUUACCUUCUCACCGGAGAUUUCAAUGUGGAUGCGAUUCCCGAACCUUCAGAUCCAAUGGGUACCUAUGGCAUUCCCUUUCGGCCACCUCGUCAAGAAUCCGAAGAUUAUCAGCGGCUCAUCCAUGCCUUGGACCCCAAGGGGCGUCUGGUGGAUUUGCUCUGUGGGCCAACUCCAUCAGAUCCUUUGGGCUCCGAAUGCCCCAGCAAGCGGCACCCUUGCACACGACCACCUCGCUUGAGAAUGCCCUCGUCUGCAGGCUAUGUGGCGCGUCACAAGUAUCCACAGCGCUUGGACUACGUCUUCUACCGGCCAACUGUAUCAUCGUUGGUAGAACAUGCACAGUCGAGAGUGGAGCCCUUUGAAGUGGUAGACCAGCCUUUUGAAUACUUGAGUGAUCACUUCGGCAUCAGGGCGUUCUUUCGCUUUCGCUGCUCUUUCGCAUGGACUCGACCAGAGAAGACCUGCGAAGCCAGUCAGCCGCGUUGGAGAAGACUCUUUUUGGCCAUGAGCCAUCAUUGGGUGAAAUCUUCCAUUGCACUUGCAUGCUUUCCCUUCUUCUGGCAGAUCGGUCGCCGUGAGGAGUGCGCUCUCCUCCGCACCUCGCGCUGGGAGCUUUCCAACUUCUUUCCCCGUGGCAGCUUCAUGUUGCUCGCAGGGACGCUGCUGGCGCUGGUGCCAGGCCUCGUUUGGUGGAGAAGAAAGGAAGAGUCCCCACCACUGGAGAGGACCUUCUCAGUUACUGCAGAGCUGGCAAGUUCGGCUUUCAGGAAGAGGCUCAAAGCGCAGGCUGAAAAGCCAGCGAAGACCAUUGCCUCAAGCCCCUAUGAUAGUUUUAAUGGUUCAGUGGAGUCUUAUCGACUGCGACCCUGCAUUGGCAAGCGUCCGGUGAAUUCCGAUGGCACUUUGGGAGAUUAUGUCUGGAUGAGUUACGGCGAUGCCCAGUUUGAGGUGCUGAGAAUCUCUUCAGGACUGCACCGAAAGUUUGGCCUGCAGAGAGGUUCCCAGGUGGGCUUGCUUGGUGAUUCCUCAGCGGACUGGCUCCUGUGUGAUCUUGCCUUGAUGCGCUUGGGUGUCAAUACCGUGUGCCUUGCAGCCCCUGCGAGUCAUCCGACGACUGGCACCACUGCCCCAACGCCAGGGAGUAUUCAGGAUUUGGAGAUCCUCCUUUGCUCCUCUGAUUGGGUGGAGUACUUCGUGGCUGCCCGGCGCCGCGAAGAGUUGCCCCGCUGCCCCAUCGUGGCCUUUACACCCUUGGGCCCGCGCAUCGCGGCACUGGCACAAGACAGAGGUUUAAAGGUUUGGGACUUGCCCUUCAUCGCACAUUUUGGCGAAGUGAGUGGCUGGGUGCCCUACAUUGGUGUGGGCGGCUUCGAUGUCUUGACCACCAUGUACCGCUCAAGAUCUGGCACCAAAAGUGAAUUGGCAGGAGUCUCAGUAAACCUACGUGGGCUGGCAAUAUGUGCACACUCCGUUCGACAGGCCUUGGGCCUCACCUGUGAUGAUUGCCACUUUAGCUACAUUUGGCCGGCCUUCACCGCCGAGCGCCUCAUGCUCCAUGCGGUGGUGGCUGCUGGAGGGGCCAUUGGCUUUUUCGGAGGUGUCAGGUCACCACGGAUCUUUGAAGACAUCAAGAAACUACAGCCUACUUUCCUUGCUGGAACAGCAUCGCUCUUCCGCAGACAGAUUACCCGUUUGCAAUUGAAGCACGUGGGCAUUUUGGGAAACCUCAGCUAUCGGAUACAGCGGUGGGCACUCAUCCGAUGCAAGGCAGACACGGAUCGAGUGGAAUCCAUCGACUUCGAUGAGGAAUCCAUCGACUUGAUGCAGCGGAUGGCGGAGCUCGUCCUGACGAAGCCACUGAGCCGAUGGCUCAACCGCCCUUUUGUACUCCCACGGCAGGUCUUGCUGGGCUCCAAGACACGCUUGCGCUUUGUCCUGGCCUUGUGUGGUGCGGGGACCACCGCCUUGCCGCCAGACCGGUGCCUGUGGAUGCGACUGCUCCUUGGAUGCCCCGUCCUGAAAAGCUUUGUAUCCGUCGAGGCAGGUGGAAUGGUAACACUGGGCGAAGCUCCUUAUGCCGGAGAAACCUGCCAGGCCUUCGCAGUUGGUCGUGAGCUUCCGGGUGUACAGCUGGAGCUUCUUCCAAUCAAACUUCCAGACGAUGUGGGCCCUUUGGAGGUUUUGGGAUCGACCAAGGCGAGAAUUGAGCUUGGCACACUGCGAAUCAAGGGCCUUUGCACGGACGAGGCACGGAUAGGCAUUGUGGUGGGCCGCAGAAAGAGGGAACUCUUUGUCUACGGCCGCCUGGUGUCACUGCAGGAGUCGUGCAACAAAAGCGGAGCCCUUUGCGAAGCAUUGGAGCAGCUCUUGUUGCAGGUCACUGGACCUUGGCUCAUGCAACUGCUCCUGGUGGCCAAACCCCUUGGCGUGGUGGGCGUGGCAGCCGUGCGCUUGGACGAGGUUUGGCGGCUGGCAAAGUUCUGGAACAUUGACACUUACAGCGGUGAAGACCUUUGCAGAGAUCGACGAGUCAUUGCUUUGUGCCUACGCGAGCUACGAAGACAUGCGAAGAGGUUUGGCUUCUCUGAAGCCGAGACUCCACAGGCGCUUCAUUUGCAGGCCACACCCUUUUCUUUGGAGGCUGGGCUACAAACGCCUACCUUUCAAUUGAGAAGAGACCAGCUGCUUCCCAGAGUCAGUCACAUCAUCGAGUCACUCUAUGACAACUUGGAUGCAUCGCCGGUAUCUCCACUACAGAAGGAGCCCUUCGUCGGAAGACGCCGUGGCUUUUUUGACAUUUCCAAGAAGGUGUCAUUUCCAACCCUGGAAGGCAUUUGAGCAUUGCCAGGUCGAAGGAAUUCUCGGCGGAUGAUGCUAGAUUUCAUAUCAUCAAGCCAAGGUGGAUGUUUCGAGAAAGAGCUUGGAACAAAAGGGCGUUGGUGCUGGG